AUGUCUGCAAAUAUUAGAGUUUUAUCUCCAGAACUGCAGUUGAUUGCAAAACAGGAAUUACAUGAAGAAUCGUCGCAAAUCCCACAAAUGCUAGAGCAAUUUCGAGAGUGGAUUAAGAAGUCGACACAUUUAAAUUCACGAUUAGAUGAUCAAGUUAUAGUUCCAAUAUCGAAGUCACAACCUGAUGGACCUGUCAUAGAAAUCAUUCGUCCAGGGUCUUAUGAUGCUGAAAAGUUUCAUAUUGAAGAAAUUUUAAGAGCAUUUAUGCUUAUUAAUGACUUAAUGUUGAUUGAAAAUGACAAUCUAGCUGUUGUUGGCUCAUUAAGUAUUAUUGAUUUGAAAAAUGUAACCUUAGGUCACUUGCUUCAGAUGCAGCCGUCAAUAAUCAAGAAAAUGACGAUGCUAUCACAAGAAGGUUCACCAAUUCGUCAGAAAGGCAUUCACUAUGUCAAUACUCCACCUGGAUUCGAGAAAGUCUUUAACAUAUUCGUAUCAUUCAUGAAUGAGAAAAUGAAGAAGAGAGUUUUUGUCCACGGAAAUGACAUGGAGUCACUUUUUAAAUCUGGAAUUCCAAAGGACAUUUUGCCAAAGGAAUACGGAGGUGAAUGUGAGUCAAUUGACUAUAUAGUUCAACACUGGGAGCAAAAAAUCAAGGACAACUACGAAAGACUAGUGGAAGAUGUCAAGCUAUAUAAGGUCGAUGAAAGAAAACGAAUCGGAAAGACCAAAAAUCCUGAAAGCUUGUUCGGAAUUGAUGGAACUUUCAGAAAACUUGAAAUUGAUUAA